AUGGAAAGAGUGGAGGAUCUUACUGAGCUUCUUGCAGCUCAACAUCAUGUAGGCAACCAAAUGCUCAACUUCAGAAAGUCUGCAUCUCUGAAAUGUGCAAUUGAACUGGGAAUCCCAGAUGCCAUCAAUCAACAUGGGAAGCCUAUCACACUCUGUGAGCUGGUUUCUGCCCUUCCAAUUAACCCUUCGAAGGCUAACCACAUCUAUCGCUUGAUGCGAUUCUUAUCAAAUGCCGGCUUCUUUAUUCUACAAGAUCAAGGCUAUGCGCUCACAGCUGCAGGCCGUCUUCUUUUAAAAGAGGAGCCUUUCAAUUUAAGGGCAUUUAUCUUUUAUAUGAGCGACCCUGCUGUAGUGAAGCCCUGGAAUUCCUUGACUGAGUGGUUCAGCAACGAUGAUCCCUUUCCAUUUGAUACGGCGCAUGGGAAAAACUUCUGGGCUUAUGCUGCUGAAGAGCCUAAUUUUGCAAACCUCUUCAAUGAAGCCAUGGCCAAUGAUUCUACUUUAAUCGUUCAGGUGAUGAUGACCCAAUGCAAGUUUGUGUUUGACGGCUUGACAUCUUUAGCGGAUGUUGGGGGUGGCACAGGGGCAGUUGCUAGGGCCAUUGCCCAAAAUUUCCCCAACUUGAAGUGUGUUGUCUGUGAUCUCCCACACGUGAUUGCCGACCAAGAGGGAACUGAGAACUUGGACUUCGUUGCAGGAGAUAUGCUAGAGAAGGUACCUGCUGCUGAUGCAAUCUUGCUCAAGUGGAUUCUCCAUGACUGGAGCGAUGAAGAUUGUGUGAAGAUUCUCAAGAACUGCAAAGAGGCUAUUCCAGGGAGAGACAAAGGGGGAAAAGUCAUUAUUAUCGACAUGAUUAUGGAAAGCCAGAUGAAAGAUGACGAGUCAGUUGAAACACAAGUUGGUGUGAACAUGCAGAUGUUGAUGGGUUACGGUGCUAAAGAAAGAAGUGAGAAAGAAUGGGCAAAGCUUUUCCAAGAUGCUGGUUUCAGUGACUACAAAGUACUUCCAUUGUUGGGUGUGUGCCGUCUCAUUGAGGUCUAUCCUUAGACUAAAAGUUCAGAAUUUGUACUGCUACAAUAAUUGAGGUUUCAGUUUUACCCUCAAUCUUUGUCUCCCACGGUUGGAAUAUCCUUUGCUCUGCCAGUAAUCGCCACUUUGGCAA